CCUGUAUGUAGAGAGGAGGUGUUCAGUUCUCCUGGACCUCCUGGAGUCAAAAGGCCGAGAUGACGGAAUGUGAGACGGACCGGUUCUGAGGCAAAUGGAUCGCAGCUUCUCUCAUAGACCAAGGAUGAUGGAUCUGCUAGAAUCCUUCAGAACCUUUGAAGACCAUAAGUCCAAUGCUCCAGUACGAAGCAGCCUCUUGGUUCUACCAACGUUCUGAAGUGGCCAACCCAAUCCCCGGACCUUCAGAAAAUCCCAGAACCGCAGAGGAACCAAUGAUCCUGGGCUGGAUCAGCUGAUGACAGGCGUCAGAAGCGGGUCGACUCCCAGCGGCACCGAUGAGGAGCGGUUCUCAGAACCUCUGCUGAUGCAGCAGAACAUGAGCGAGUAGAACCGGUCCAACAUUUAUCACUUUGGACCUGUUCCUGGUUCCUUGGCUUCACACUGGACCCAUUUCCUCCAGGUUCUGGUUCAACUGGAGGCGCAGCAGGGACCGUAGGACAAAGCUGGACCGGUUCUCUCUGCUGGUACCAGAACAAUGAGCCCGGUUCCUGACUGGGACCAGCCGGGCCUCCUGUCUCUGCUUCUUCUCGUUUAUGCGUCUCCGUUAAUUAAAUCCAGGGAAAAACAACACAGCACGUUCUUCAGUGUUUCCCUCACCCUGUUUCCACAGUGGGAACACUGAGGCACAGACGGGUUCUGUGGGUUCCCGACCAUGAGAACCAGCUGAUCCAUGGACAUCAACAGGAGCUUAGGAGGCUCUCAGGUGAUCCAGGUAAACAUCACAGGUGUGUUUGGGUUCGGCGGUGGGAAAGGAGAUAAUUACUGUUGUCCUGGUGAAACCCACACAGACGAGCUGCAAUAAAAGCUGCUGCACACCGUUUGGUUCUGAUCCGGCAGGACGACAACGGGCCGCACACUGAGCAGGUAUGAGCACACCUGCACACAGGUGAGUAAACGGGUUGGGCUCUGAUCGGCGUUCUGAGCACAGAGCUGCUGCUGGACCGCUCCAGAAGUUCUGGUGUCAGGACCAGAAAGCUGCGGUCCUGUUGGGUCCACAGCUGCCGGCUCCACCACAGAACCCGACUGAGUUCCGCCCGGUUCUGUUUCUGGUCCUGCCGGGCCUCAGGGCGCCGCCUGCUUUACGCCCAGAAACACCUGCAGCCCAGCCAGGACCGGGUUUGGGUCCUCACCUGGCACCUCAAACCAGGACAGGAAGCCAGCAGCUAUGGACCUGGACCAGAACUCGGGUGUUCCUGUCGAAGUUCUCCAUCAGACUGCGCCGCCUCCUCCUCCUCCUCCACGCUGCCACGCUGACGAUGAAGAGGAGGCUCUGAACCAGGAGAACCGCUCGGGCCAGAAGGAGCAGAACACCAAAGGUCAUAGGUCAGAUGACGUUUCACCUGAGCAGCGUCACCUGGGGAGGCGGAGCUCCCGAGGGUCAAUCGUCCUCCCGGCCAAGGAUCAGCUCAGCAACCUUCAGAUGUUCAUGGAGCUGAAGGAGCUGGUGGUGGACAGGAACCAGGACCUGCAGUGGAGGGAGACAGGGCGGUGGAUCAGGUCUGAGGAGGACGUGGAGGAGGAGCGCUGGAGGAGACCUCACAUCGCCUCGCUGUCCUUCCAGUCCCUGCUGGAGCUCCAGAACUUCCUGUCCCACGGUGCCAUGCUCCUGGACCUGCAGCAGAAGACGCUGCCAGGCAUCGCUGAGCACAUGGUGGAGCAGAUGGUGCUCAGAGAUCAGAUCAGAGCUGAAGACCGCGUCAGCGCGCUGAGAACCCUUCUGCUGCCACACAGUCAUCCCAGUGAUCAGCAGGACCACAGCUGCUUCAGCAGGAACAUCUCUGCAGCUCACCUUUCCUCCCUGAUGGACAGACACAACGGCCAAUCAGAGCUUUGCAAAGAGGCUGAAGGCAACAAGAACCAGCAGGACGCCGUUGGGUGCAGAUCAAAACACGACGGGAAGCUGAUGGAGAAGAUCCCGGAGCGAGCUGAGGCCACCGUCAUCCUUGUGGGCAGCGUGGGGUUCCUGGACCAGCCCUCGGUGGUUUUUGUGCGUCUGCAGGAGGCGGUUCUGUUGGACUCUGUUUUGGAGGUUUCCAUCCCGGUCAGGUUCUUGUUCCUCCUGCUGGUUCCACCUUCUUCCAACAUGGACUACCAGCAGAUGGGGCGUUCCAUCGCCACGCUGAUGUCAGACAAGCACUUCCACGAGGCAGCGCACAAAGCGGAGAACCAGCAGGACCUGGUGACGGCCAUCAACCGGUUCCUGGACUGCAGUGUGGUUCUCCCUCCGUCUGAAGUAAACAGCGAAGAGCUGCUGCUCUCAGUCAGUCGGUUCCACAGAGAAAAGCUUCAGAGUGGAGAGACGGAGCGCAGCAGCAAGCUGCAGGAGAAACAAGACUCUCCUGGAGGUCCUGGUAAGGCCAGCGAGGUUCCUCUGAGGCGCUCCGGUCGUCUCUUUGGCGGUCUGAUCAGAGACGUGACGCAGCGGUACCCUCAGUACGUCAGCGACAUCAAAGACGCCCUGAACCCUCAGUGCAUGGCCGCCAUCAUCUUCAUUUACUUCGCCGCCUUGUCUCCGGCCAUCACCUUCGGUGGCCUGCUGGGCGAGAAGACGGAGGGCCUGAUCGGCGUGUCGGAGCUGAUCGUGGCCACGGCGGUGCAGGGCGUGGUCUUCAGCGUUCUGGGCGCCCAGCCGCUGCUGGUGAUCGGCUUCUCUGGACCGCUGCUGGUGUUUGAGGAAGCCUUCUACAACUUCUGCAAGGACAACGAGAUCGAGUACCUGACGGGCCGGGUCUGGAUCGGCUUCUGGCUGGUGCUGAUCGUCAUCGUCACCGUGGCCUUGGAGGGAAGCAUCCUGGUGCGCUUCGUGUCUCGCUUCACCCAGGAGAUCUUCUCCUUUCUCAUCUCCCUCAUCUUCAUCUACGAGACCUUUGCCAAACUGGUCAAGAUCUUCAAGGAGCACCCGCUGCAGACCUGCUUCCAGGGAAACAGCUCCACGUCUCUGUGCAACUCCUCCAUGACUGCCGGCAGUCCCGGGAAAACCGCCGGAGAACCAAACACCGCGCUGCUGUCGCUGGUCCUCAUGACGGGAACGUUCUUCAUCGCGUUCUACCUGAGGAAGUUCAAGAACAGCUCCUUCUUCCCAGGAAGGGUUCGUAGGAUCAUUGGAGACUUUGGCGUCCCCAUUGCCAUCCUCAUCAUGGUUCUGGUGGACUACAGUGUGGAGGACACCUACACUCAGAAGCUCAACGUCCCCAGUGGACUGUCCGUGUCCAGCCCAGAGAAGCGCGGCUGGCUCAUUUCUCCCUUGGGGUCGGACGGCCAGUUUCCCGUUUGGAUGAUGGGGGCCAGCGUCCUGCCGGCCGUCCUGGUCUUCAUCCUCAUCUUCAUGGAGUCCCAGAUCACAGCGCUGAUCGUCAGCAAGAAGGAGAGGAUGCUGGUGAAGGGCAGCGGCUUCCACCUGGACCUGCUGAUCAUCGUGGUGGUGGGCGGAGCCUCGGCCCUGCUGGGGCUGCCGUGGCUGUCCGCCGCCACGGUGCGCUCCGUCACCCACACCAACGCGCUGACCGUCAUGAGCAAAGCGGGCGAGGCGGGGGACAAGCCCCGCAUCCAGGAGGUGAAGGAGCAGCGGGUCACCGGCUUCCUGGUGGCGCUCCUAGUGGGUCUGUCCAUCGUCAUCGGAGAGGUUCUGCGUCAGAUCCCCCUGGCGGUUCUGUUCGGGAUCUUUCUCUACAUGGGGGUGAUGUCGCUGAACGGCAUCCAGCUGACGGAGCGCCUCAUCCUGCUGCUGAUGCCACCAAAGUACCAUCCGGACCACAGCUACGUCCGCAAGGUGAGGACGCUGCGGAUGCACCUGUUCACGGUGGUCCAGCUGACGUGUCUGUCCCUGCUGUGGGUCGUCAUGGCGACGGCGGCGGCGCUGGCGUUCCCCUUCAUGCUGCUGCUGACCAUCCCGCUGAGGAUGCUGCUGCUGCCCCGCCUCUUCAGCCCCAGGGAGCUGCUCAGCCUGGACGCCGAUGAUGCAGAGCCCCACCUGGAGGAGAAGGAGGGCCAGGACGAGUACUCACACCUGCAGAUGCCCGUAUGA